ACUUUAAAUACAUUUAAUUAACAUGAAAACUAAAAGCUGACUAAACCCAGAGUUGUGUCAACUCUGGGUUUAGUCUACAAUGCCAGUUUUAAACCGGUGCAUAUGUUUUUAUUUUAACGUUUGGACUUGCACUAGUUCAUAUGUUUUUCUCCGGUAACUAAACUAUAUUACAUUGUAUGACUGAGGCCACCAGCACAUUUGAAUACAAAAAAGUGUUUCAUCUUAAUAUUUAUGUAUGUAUGGAUGUAUGUAUGUAUGUAUGUAUAUAUUUAUUUAUUUCUGACACGUUAUUAUGGGACUGGUCUUUAUAACAUAAUGCAAUUAAUGCUAGUUUGUAGUAAGCAUGUGUUCGCAGUUGGUAGUUUUCCUGUGAAACACAUUGUGGAAAACAUGCAUAAUUUAAUGUACUUUUUUUUAUAAAUGUUACUUUAACUUCUGAUAUGUCAACGCGUGUUUAUAUUACACGUUAAAUCAUACAUAGUAGAUCAAUUUAAUAAGUAAUACAUUUGAAUCUUUAUACGGGUUAGAAUAAUUUGCAUUCAUUAUAAUCAGGGCUUCUGAUUUUCGGUUUCAACCGAUAAAACACCCGAUACAAAAAAAAAAAAAAAAUUAAAUCGGUGAACAGCCAAAAAACACCGGGAAAACUGUGGAAAUGGUACAUCAAUUCCCGUUGACUACCCCUUUCUCAUUAAAAAAUAAAACCUACAAAAAUAACAAUAAAUACGUUUCCCAGUGCUGCUGGGCAAUGUCCUGCCUUCCUGACUUGAUUCGUUCUGAAUAAUCCGCCCCAACUACUCAGUGACAGCACAUUCCUGCAUUUCUAUUCGAGAGACUGCUGCGAGAUUUAAAACGAGAUUACAAUCAGGAAUUAUUAGCGGGAUUUAAACUAAACUGUAUUACAGUUAACACACGGAGGAUUUAAAACAGAAUUGUGGCAAAAUGUAAACAAAAAAUGCCUACACACAAAAACCCCAGAAGAAUGUGUCCGUGACCAUAGGGAUUUCAUUGUGGAAGACAGCAAAGGAAAGAAGGGACAACUUAAGUGUGCAAGUACUGUCGAGUUACUGCUGUUAUAUAUUCUGACAGAAAAAAAAGAAACGUUCAAGCAUUUUGGAAAAUAACCGAAAACACUAAUUUCACACAGUACAUAAAAAAUGAAAGCCCCGAAAAAAAACAAAACAACGAUUUACAUAAAACUCGAAAAUAGCUAAAAAUAAACACCGAAUAAUAAAAUUAAUAAAAAAACCGAAAAACAGAAGCCCAGAUUAUAAUUGACCCCUUAUCUCUACAUAACUGUAAUGCUCAAACGGCUAUGCAUUAGGAGUAAACUGUAAGCUGAUAUUUUUUCAUGUGUUAAAACUGUAAAUGGAUUUAAAGGCGUUGGUCAUGGAAUCAGACACCAGCAAAUUCACUGUGAUCCCUGCCCAUAAAUACCGUCGCAGCAGCCGAUCCCAGCAUCAGCCCAGCUCCAGCAUGGCUGCCACGGUGGAGCAGUCACAUUCUGCACGGGGGCAUUUCGAAAGAAUACCCAUUGAAGUGUUUCACAUGAUACUGGAGUACUUACCAGUGAAAGAAAUCAGUGCUUUAAGCAUGGUGUCGAAAGCCAUAAGCAGCUGCAUUGCUGGGAACAUUUCGACACUGGCAUGGAGAAACAGAAUGCUGUUACAGGAAUUCCACAAGUGUGGGCAGCACAAUAAGGAAGACAGCAUUCUGGAGCACUACAGGGCACUGGGUUUGUUGUUCAAGAGAUGUACCUUCUUACUACCAACAAAGGAAAGAUUAAAGUUUAUUUAUAGCAAGCUUUCUCAGGUUCCCUGUUUCACAAUGGGACGGUGCUCUGCAAUGCCAGGAUGUUUGGGGUUUGCAAGUUAUGGGGUGUUUUUACAGACAUUGAUAGCUGGCUGGGAUGAACUUGAGUGCCAUCGCGUCUUCAACUUUCUUUGUGAUUUCACAAGUCUGCCUCGCAAGAUUCACACUGUUGUCACGAGCAAGUCAGGUGUAUCCCCGAGGCUGGAAAUACAAAUCCGUCUAUUCUGUCGAAAUGUCUUGCUUGAUCACUGGCAGAGCAGCAGGGACACACUCUUCUGGUUGACCAGGAUACUGAAACCCUGGCCGAUGGUGAACCAGGCUCGGCUGAUCUACAUUAUCUAUGGGCCACUCACUUUAGAUGGCAGGAUUGGGUGGCAGAAGCUUACUGAAGGAGCGGCUGAGGAGAGCAAUGUGAAGGACAUGGCAGAUGCAAUCAGACUGCUGCAUGGUGACCAGGAGACGAAGGAGUGGACAGCCGACAGUGUCAUCAGUCUCAUAGAUGAAUUAUCAGCUGUUCCUAGUGAGUGGCUCCUGGAGAACAGCGCGCGGCUGCUGAUUCUUUGUGGAAACAGAAUCUGCUACACCUCCAUGGCCAGUAAAGCAGUGAACGGGCGGGUUAACGAGCUCGCCAGGAUGGUCGUUUUCCUGGCCCUGGUGUGUGAAAAGGAUAGCUAUUGCAUGGACUGGGCAGUGAAAAUGAUGCAGAAAAUCUGCAAGGUGUUCAGCAACGCAGAAGAGAAAUGGAAUUUCCUUCAGACUGUGGAGAAUGUUUUUUGUCAGGUUACCAUGGAGUUGUAUGAAUCUGUGAUGGCAGGUGAUCGAAAUGAAGACACUGACACCUUUCAAAGCCUGUGUAAUGUAUUGAAUGCAAAUGCUCAUUUUCAUACAGAAAUCUUGUACACUUUUAUCAAAAAGGAAUGAAAGAGCCCAUGGUCCAUGUGGUAACAUAAUAUUUAACUAUAGUUAUAAAUAACAGGAAAUAGUAUGUGUUUGAAAAGAAGAGUAGCUGUAAUGCAUUAAGCUGUUGUUUGUUGCAAAAGCCCCAUAUUUUGUAAUGUCCUAUGUAUUAAUUGUACUAUGUGAAUAUUAUUAAUGUAUGUAUAUUAAAAACGAAUAAUAACUUUUAUCUUCACUAAUGAGUGUUGGACGAUGUAAUAACACAUUUUAAUGCAUAAGAACUUGAAAGUGUACUAGUAUUAGAGCAUGACUGAAUGUACGGUGCUUGAGAAACAUUUAAUGAUUACAAGGUGUAGAUUACAGUAUUUAAUGUAAUGUUACUGAGCCUGAAAUUGAGAGAAAUUUACUUUAAUUUUAUAAUGUUUUUUUUUAUUUGUUUAUUUUUAUUACUUUUUUUUUUUUACUUUCUCUGGUGCAAAAGAUCAGUAAACUUGUCCUUGUUUUUAUUUGCCUUAACACAAAACCUCAGGAUUUUGAUCACAUUUGCUG